AUGGGCUCUGUGGGGACUAUCGCGGCGAGGCUGCAGAGCAAGGCAGCUGCUACCAAGCCUGUUGCUGCAGUUUGGCAUGAGCAGCAGCAGCAAGAGCGGUGCAACGGCGGCGGCGAUGGAGGUUUCCAGAUGCCGGUGCACUACCCCCGGUACAAGAAGGCGGACUACGAGGCCAUGCCGGAGUGGCGCCUCGACUGCCUUCUCCGGGUUUACGGACUGCUGGCAGCCGCCCCCGGCGACGACAUCGACAGCAAGAGGAGGUUCGCUAUGGGAGCCUUCCUCUGGCCGGGCCAGUACUAG